AUGGGGAUCCAAUCUUCAAAAUCGAUCCCAACAAUCGCUUUUUCAGUUUUGGAGCAGAUUUAUCUUUUGUUCUUCUGUACACUGCAUCUUCCAGAACUUUACGAAUUGGUUCAUCUUUUUUGGCGACAGGAAUUCGUGGGAAAUGAGCAGAUCCGGCGAGAUCUCCAGGAUUGGCGAGUCCAGCUGUGUUUCUUUCGAAACGUGGACGAGGAGGUCCAUUCUGGGAAUACAUAUUUCCCCCACGUCCUCCUCUACCACCUCCAUUCAUAUUCAUUCGUCCCAUCUUCUGUGAGAGAUCAUCACGACCACCACGUUGAUAGUCGUCUCUACCACCUUGAUGGUAUCCUCCACGGCCAUUGUUGUAUCCACCGUUUCCUCCGUUCGAAUGUCCUCCGCCGUGACGAUCUCCACGAUGAUAGUCAUCACCACGACGUUGAUCGUAUUGAGGCUCUCGAUCGUAUUGAGAUCCACCUCUGUAUUGUUGGUUACGACGAUCUUCUUCUUGAUAGUAGCCACCGCCUCCUCCACGGUGGUUAUUGUAACUCAUUGUUAGUGGAACCCAGUACUGUUGAUUCCAGCUUCAAUCAGACUCCAAGCUCUAGAGCUGAAUUUCAUUUGAAAGACUACACAAGAAGAAGAGACGCAGAGAAAAUGUCGUGA